AUGGCUCAACUUAAUUGUCCUCCUUGCACUCCUUGUGCAGCUGUUUGUAUAGAACACCAGCCAACUCAAAUAUGUCGAAAUCCAAAAAUCAAGAAACGAAAAAUCCGUCAAUAUUUAUACAAACUAGAAGAGAGAAGAGUUCGAUCGAAUCCCGUCCGUUGGGGUCAUGAAACAUCUUAUGACAACCCAUUUCAUGUGCAACAAGAUCCACAGUCAAAUGAAUCAGAACUACAAACUAGCCCUGUCGGUCUUCCUGCCAGCGAACCACCUUGUUAUUUGCCGCAACAAAACGGUAGCUCGGACGUUCAUCCCUUAUCUAAACCGAUGGGUCCUAUAGGUCCCUGGGCAACUGGACGCAUCGAUUGGAGUUCGUUAUCUGGUCAAACCGGAACACGCCCUGUAGUAGAUCGAUACUCCAUUACACGGUACAGUGUGGAUGAGUGGCGGCAACGGAAUGCUGAUACAAUACAUGCAUGUUCCAACACAGUUGGGAAAAGCGAAAAAAUCGAACAUGAUAGCAAGAAUACCAUUGCCCGAACGUACGCUAUUACAGAUAAAAAUCAAUCGGCUUGCACGGAACAACUCCACACUCGAGCAAGAACUAUCGAUGACAUGAAAAGCGAACUAGAACGGGCCAUUAAGGCAAUGCAAGAUGAAAUUAGCACACUGGAGGAGCAACGGCGCAGACUGAAGCAAUCACUAGCGGUUCUUCGGAUGCCGGAAGCAAUCGCAACCGAAUGCUUGGAGAGAAGAACUGGUAGGCCUGAUACUGAACUAGUUCGUGAUCGCCCUGAGGAAGAAUUAAUUUGCGAGAUUGCUCUUAUCGCGGAAAUCCGAGCAAUACUGCUGAAAACGUUAUCAGAAAUCGAAACGCAACAAGUGCAAAACCGAGCCGCUCGACAACGAAUGGAGUUUGAUUGGAGCGACAAGAAAUUAGCCCAUGAAAAUGAUUCUAUAAAUUGUAAUCUGACCAACAAAUCCACUAUUACGAUGUUCCGCCAUGGUGCUACGAGGUGUCCCAGCGAGCAGUCCACUGAAGUCUACUGGGAAAAGUUCAGUAGAGAAACCUUGGAAAUGUGCACCUCUAGUCGAAAGCAUUCCGAACAACUGCGUGCUACAUUAGAUAAUAUUCUGAUGAAUGCUGCUCGUGAUCUUCGUUCCCAAGCUGACAGUGUGGAACGAGCGUUAGCCGAUAGGAUCUCGUGCAUGGAGGAGAUCCGCCAAAAACUUGAAAUUGAUUUGAGAACUACAUUGCAGCGGCUUGGUGAUACAGAAAUUCAGAUUGAAAAGUUAAAAGUUGCAAUAGGAAACAUGGACCAUGCGAUGAAAGUUGUACAAACUCGUUUAGAUAACCGUAAUCAACGUCCAAGAGUAGAGAAUUGCCGAGACCAGUCCCAAAUUUUGUUGAUAGCAGAGGUCAAAUCAAUUGAGGAAGGACUUUCUGCUAUGAAUGCACAGCUCAGACAAGAGGAAGAAAUAAAAAAUGAACUCGUGACACGCCGCAGCGAGUUGGAGAAAGAAAUUAUGAUGAAACGACGUACAAUUGCGAUUGAUCGGGAUCGUUGUCAGCGUUUGCGAGCUCAUUUUCCUUCUUCUACUGCAUUGAGCGGGUAUUAA